UGAUGGAAAAAGAGACAUGUCGACGUAACGCUUUUAUCUACUAGAGAGAAACGGCGCUCAGUCUGUGGUGGGUGACAGCGUGGUUUCCUUUUGUCAAGAUGAGCAGAUAGGACCAAGAAUGUUAACAGACGCUCACACGGCUCACAGCUGAACUUGACAUCAGUGGGAAUGUGAUCGAAGAAACUGAGUUCAGUUGGAAGAUGAAUGUUUAACACCAGUGUGUGGUGUCAGUCACCUCACCAUUUCCUGUAGAGACCAACAUCCUUAUUUGCUUCUCUAGAGUACGCUGCUUCUAACAGAGCUGUUGUAAAAUGAAAAAGAAGUAUAUGAAAUUAUUAAUCAUAGCACUAGCUAGUAGCUUUUGCAUUGUCCUCUUUUCCAAGCUAAAGGAUGUGGAACACAGCCAAAAGGACUUUGCUAAGAUCCACUCGGUUCCAGCUUCCACGCCUAGAAAACCCACAACUGUAGUGAUGAGCACUGUGAAAAAGAAAACCAAAAGUGCCAUGCUGUAUGAGCUUCCCCCACUAACAAUUUCUGAGACUUUCAGAAAAGACGUUCCCAAAAAUGGUGCCUUCUGGAACCGGAAGCUUCAUUCUUUUCUGCGGCAGUUUGACUCCAUCGACAAUCAAACGCUCAAAGACCCACGUGAGAAGUUUCACUGUCAGCCUGAGAGUUUUGAGUUGCUACAAACCAACAUCCAAGAUAUUCAGUCGUACCCUCCACUUUACGGAGACUUCCUUCGAGGCAUGGAGUGUCGAGACCCACUGCUUCUUAUCGAUCAGCCUAACAAGUGUGCAUCAGAGAGCGGACCGGAUCAAAUUUUCCUAUUUUUUGCGAUCAAAUCCAUUCCAAAGAACUUUGAGAUGCGCCAAGCAGUCCGAGAGACCUGGGGACGAGAAGGCUUGUAUGAAAAUGGACUUAAGGUACGGACCGUCUUUCUGCUAGGCCGGUCAUCCAUGGAUCAUCCCAAUCUCGACAAACUGGUUUCGUUUGAAGCUCAGCAGUUUCAAGAUCUCCUCGUCUGGGAUUUUCACGACUCCUUUUACAACCUGACUCUUAAGGAGCAUGUGUUCUUCAAGUGGAUGCUUGAUAACUGUCCUCGUGUAUCUUUUGUUUUUAAGGGUGACGAUGAUGUUUUUGCUAACACUCAAGCGAUACUGAAUCAUCUGCGGUCUCUGGAGCCAGAGCAGGCAACGGCGUUGUACACCGGGCAGAUAAUUUCUAAUGCCGGCCCAUUACGGGACCCUAAAAUUAAAUAUUAUGUUCCUGAGUCUUUCUACGAAGGUCCUUACCCUCCUUAUGCUGGUGGCGGUGGCUUCCUGUUUUCUGGAAACCUUCUUCCGUCUCUUUACCAUGUUUCCUUUUACAUACCCUUCUUCCCAAUCGAUGACGUCUACAAUGGGAUGUGCUUCAAGGCACUCGGAAUCACUGCAAAGAAACACGAGGGUUUCAAGACCUUUGACAUUCGGGAACAAGACCGAGAGAACCCCUGUGUACACAAAGACCUGCUCCUGGUGCACCAGCGUGACCCUCAGCAGACCAUGAGACUGUGGAGAAAUAUGCACAGUGAAAUGCUGACCUGCUGAUGCUUGUAAACUAUUAAACACCAUUGAGUUCAGCUGUAGUGCUUGAUUAAAACCCAAGUUGGAAAAG